UUCAGUCGAAGCAUUUUCUUCAGACCCUCAAGGUCCACAAAUCAUGCACUGCAUCAAAUAAAUUGAAGCUGGUAGAGUGCCCUGUGCAGAUGACAAAUGUGUUUGAUAUUUGUGAUAUUUUGUUCAUUUUCAGAGCAAACAUGGAAAGCCCUAGCCUUAUAUCAGAAAGAGCCCUAAAAAUAUAGCAUAUUGGACCAACCAUGCCUGCAGCUAUAUGAUGGCUGAGAGAUAAACCUGUGCCAUUCUGAACAGAAUGGGUACAGUAGGGUUGUUGAGAUCAGGAAAAUUUUAAUGUAAUAAGCCAAUAAAAAAGUAUCAUACAAAUGUCAAGGAGAUUGUUUAGUUUGUUAACUUGAACUUAUUUCCAUAAAAUUAUAGCUUCUGUUUCAUGGGGAAUUAAUUUGCUUCAUAGUGUUUUUUUCUGAUAAAUUGUAAGUAUAAAAAUAAUCACGAAAUGGGGUAUCACAUCAUGUGAGCAUAUGUGGCAUAAAUAACUUCUGAAGUUAUUUUUCGAAGACAUUUAAGAAAAUUUAUUUAGAUUGUGUGACAAGCUUCAUUAUGUCUUCAUUUCUGCUUCAUCUGUUCCUGGCAAGGUACCAGCAGCGGUCACACAUCCACUCCUCCAACCACCUACAGGUUUCAUCUGCUUAACUUCAUGUAAUCCUUUGUCAGAGAAGCCAUGAGCCUCUGCCAUGGUGAAAAGAUUACUCAUUUACUCUGUUAGGUCAACCUCUACUUAUAUUAUUUGUUACAUUCUGAUUUUCAGAAAAGUUUACAAGGCAGCAAAUUCCUGUUUUCUUAUCUUUUGAGAAAUAGCAGUGUGCUCCCAAACGUUCUUUUUGAAAAUUUAUUUAUUUAUGAGAGGCAGGGAAAUGGAAAGAAAGAAACAGGGAGUUUCUACCAGCUGGUUCAUGCCCAAAUACCCACAAAGCCUGGGUUUAACCCACCUUCAAGCCAGAAACUGGGAAGUCAGUCUGAGUCUCCCAUAUGUGGGUGGCAGUGACACAACCACUUGAGCCAUUGCCUGCUGCUCCCACGGUGCACAUUGGCUGGAAACUGGCAUCAGGAGUGGAGCCAGGUCUUUGUGGUGAAAUGAGCAGGCUGCACCAAGAUGAUGCUGGCGAAGGAGCCAGAUGCACGCCCAGCUGCACAGAGAAUGGCGUCAGGAUCCACCUGGCCGAGGAGUCUGCUUAGCAACAGGCUGAGAUUGGUUAUGGCAUGGCCCUCCCUCUGACGGGAUUGGCUGCCUCAGCUAUAUAAGCACAUGUACUUCCUGAAAUAAAGGAGUCUGUGGGCUGCUCGCCUGUAGCCUGCUUUCACCCGACUCCUGGAAUCUGUGUUGUGACUCCGUGCUGCCUUACCCCCAACCACCACGGGAGAACCAAACGAGACAACAUCUGGCACCCAACAUGGGUUCACCCGUGAGUGAGUUUCGGACUUUGCGAGUGUCCCCCUAGAGAUUCGGUAGCCAAGGGCAGUUUCCACUAACACAGAAUGUAACAGUUGUUGAAGGCGGAACUGCAAUUUUGACCUGCAGAGUUGAUCAAAAUGAUAACACCUCCCUCCAGUGGUCAAAUCCAGCUCAACAGACUCUUUACUUCGAUGACAAGAAAGCUCUAAGGGACAAUAGGAUCGAGCUGGUUCGCGCUUCCUGGCAUGAAUUGAGCAUCAGCGUCAGUGAUGUGUCUCUCUCGGAUGAAGGGCAGUACACCUGCUCCUUAUUUACAAUGCCUGUCAAAACUUCCAAGGCCUAUCUCACCGUUCUGGGUGUUCCUGAGAAGCCUCAAAUUAGUGGAUUUUCAUCACCUGUGAUGGAGGGAGACUUGAUGCAACUGACUUGUAAAACAUCCGGCAGUAAACCUGCAGCUGAUAUAAGAUGGUUCAAAAAUGACAAAGAGAUUAAAGAUGUCAAAUAUUUAAAAGAAGAAGAUGCCAACCGCAAAACAUUCACUGUUAGCAGCACACUGGAUUUCCGAGUGGACCGGAGUGACGACGGAGUGGCCGUGAUCUGCCGAGUCGACCACGAAUCCCUCAAUGCCACCCCUCAGGUAGCCAUGCAGGUGCUAGAAAUACACUAUACACCGUCAGUUAAGAUUAUACCAUCCACGCCUUUUCCACAAGAAGGACAGCCUUUAAUUUUGACUUGUGAAUCCAAAGGAAAACCACUGCCAGAACCUGUUUUGUGGACAAAGGAUGGAGGAGAAUUACCAGAUCCUGACCGAAUGGUUGUGAGUGGUAGGGAGCUAAACAUUCUGUUCCUGAACAAAACGGAUAAUGGUACAUACCGAUGUGAAGCCACAAACACCAUUGGCCAAAGCAGCGCAGAGUACGUUCUCAUUGUGCAUGAUGUUCCCAACACUUUGCUUCCCACUACUAUCAUCCCCUCCCUUACCACUGCAACAGUCACAACCACUGUAGCCAUAACAACCAGUCCUACCACAUCUGCAACAAGCAGCAGCAUAAGAGAUCCCAAUGCUCUGGCUGGCCAGGCUGGCCCCGACCAUGCUCUUAUAGGAGGAAUAGUGGCUGUGGUUGUAUUUGUCACACUGUGUUCAAUAUUUCUGCUUGGUCGAUAUCUGGCGAGACAUAAAGGAACCUAUUUAACAAAUGAAGCUAAAGGAGCUGAAGACGCCCCGGAUGCUGACACAGCCAUUAUCAAUGCUGAAGGCAGCCAAGUCAAUGCUGAAGAGAAAAAAGAGUAUUUCAUUUAAAUGCAGGCCAAGAUUCUGAGUUUUCCUGCCCAGGCUGGCUGCUGGAGAAAACUGGCUCUCAUCUUUCAGAAUUCAUUGCUACCAUCUUCUGCUACCUUUAUUAACUUCCAUGCUGUACUGUUCUCAGUAGCCAGUGUUCCACCAACAAUCAGCUAUUGAAAGCAUCAUCCUUUAAUUACUGUACCAUUCAUAAUGCAGGACAUUUCUUACUGCCUAAAUUUCACACCAUUGCUCAUUUAACAUACAGUGCUUGAAUAUACAGCCUUAACAAUGUUAAUCAUCUCCUUGGACCAUGAUAUUGAGUUGUUUUUAUUCCUUGAAAAAAAUGUAUGCAGAAGUUUUUCUUCCCCGAGUUUUGUUUCCUUUUAGCCAUAGACUUUCUCAGUUUGCCAUUGCAAAGCUUUCACAGGUAACAGGAUUAGGUGAAUACCUAAUGUGCUUAAGUUUAAUCGCAGACUAGAGGUUUACAAGCAAUGUUUUCUACAUGUUUAUCUUCAAAGACAACAUGUUUUGGAAACAAAUGCCCUAGAAAACACAAACUGAAAAUACUGUAGUGUAGUUUCUGUAAUGUUUGAGAUUAUACUGGUAAAACUGUAUCAAUUUGCUAUUUAAAAAAAUUAGUAUUUGAUACAGGAGCCAUGUGUAUGGACUGCAAUCAUGACAUGAUAUCGUAUAUAAUUCUAUAGAUCCAACCAUUAGGUUGUAGCUUCAUUUACCAAUAAAUUGUUCCAAAUACUUUACUGCUUUGGGAAUCACAAAGAUUUCAUUCAUUCUCUGAUUUGAUUCUAUAAUUUAUUUGCUCCAUAGUAACUCACUUGCCUAAACAAAACUAAAGUAUCCAUAGGGCACAAUUUUGAGACAUUUUAGUAUCUGUAUAUAGUGCAUAUAAUAAAUCCAAUUAAACAUUAUUUGAUACAUAUUUAACUUUUUUGGCUGUAGGUACUUCAGUCAUAAGUAAGCAUUUUCUAACUUCCAUUAUAUCCCUUUAGAUAUUACUUAAACCAAUAUUAUAAGUAGAUAACAUGUAUUAGUAUUUUUGUCUGUAUGUCCUAGCACUGUUCAACAACAAAUUUUUCUAGUUCCUGUUAAUUUUUAUUUGUUAUACAAUGGAAGCACAAUGUUCUAAGGAAAGGUAAUUUUAAGCUAACAACCAGUGCACAGCCUCAGGUUUUAAAUUACAACCACAGUUGAAUAAUAACAAAAAUAAACUCUUAGUUUGCUAAAAAUUUACAAAUUUUAAUUUGGCAGUUCCAGAGCUGCUUACCUAUUUUGGUUUGCCAAAAAGAAGUGUUUAAGAUAUGUUUUCUGUAUAAAUGAACUAAUUCUUUAUAUUAAAUUACUGUCUAUGCAUUUUGUGAGGUACAAACUUAUGAAACAGUGAGUGAUAGAGAAUUUCUGCCAUGCUUUUAACUCCAAGGUGAAAGUCUCUUUCUCUGGAUUAUUUUAAAAUUUUGAUGUAUUUAACCAUUAAGAAAUACUGUAUUCUUAAAUAUGACACAGAGUCAAUCUAAAGUCUUAUCAUUUGUUCUAGUAAAAUACAAUAUUGCUAGAUUAGUUCUCAUUAAAUUUAUUAUAUGCUAAAGAAUAAAAAUCCAGUUAGAUAAAAAAUUAUUUUCCCAUUUACAAGUAUUGCACCUUUAAGAAGAAAACUAAUAUGACAAUAUGGUAGUUAUACUUAUGAUGUCUGACAGCAUGAUGGCCUAGGGUCUUAAAAACAGUAUCUUGGAAUUUAUUUUGGGGGACUGAGAAUGGUUGAGUACAACAUCAUGUAUUAAUAUCCAAUGAAAGACAAGGUGCCGUAUCUUAGAUUAUUUAUCAGAAAAGUAUAAAUCUUUUAAGGACAAUGUUAGAGUUUAUAAAUUGUUUCUUUUCUUUUGAUUGUUGAAGCAUUUAUCUUGUUCAUUUCUUACAAAAGAAAAAGGACGAUGUCAGUCGAGCAGCACUUUUUUCAGAAUAUACAGAACAUAAAUAAUAUGAUGUGGUUGAGUGUUAACAUAAUAAAUCAUAUACAGUAUGGCAUUUUAAGGAAAUAAGUCUGCAUUGAUGUGAUUGCAUGCUUGUUUUACAGUUCACUCCAUACCAUCUGUGGAAAACGCAAUAAUAUGUUAAUAUAGUAUGGUAGUUUGAGAGAAUCAGGUAGGUGCUACUAGACACAUUGAAACUAGAAUAGGUUUAUAAACUGUUCAUAACUUUCAAUGCAUACUCUUUAGAAAGACUCCACAAAGCAAAAUUCAUCCUGUUAGUACAAAAGGGAAGGUUCUUAUUACAGAAGUAAGUUGUAUAAACUGCAUCAUCAAUUACUAUUUAAAGCCUAAUUUCAGGAUGCACUUACAGAAUUGCUACUCUUCAUUGACACUGUAUUUACAUCUCUCCUCAUUUUGUCUAUAUUCUACUUGGCUCCAGCCGUUAAAUUGUUGCUUAAAUAACUCAAUCAUUAUUUAAAUCACUGUAAAAUUAGAAAUUCCAAAUCGAUUGCAUUUCCAGGAUUUUAACUCUUUUAACCCUUCAGAGUACUACAAAAUCGCAUUAAUUUUUAUUAAAAUCACUGGUAUAUUAAAAAUUAUGGGCUCUAAUUACACAUUUGCCAGUUAAGUAUAGUUCAACUAGAAUUGGAUAUCAUUUUAUGUGACUGGAAAAAUAAUUAGCAAUGGAAAUAUAUAUUCUUAUCUUGCAAAUUAUUUGAUUGUCACCAAAUUAAUGAGCUAUAAUAAUUCUGAUCAUAUUUAUUACAAUAAAUUGAAACAAAACAGAGGAUGUUUAUAAAUGGGAACCAUGUCAAUUGGUAAGUCUGAAAUGUGCACACUUGUAUGCACACGGAGACAAUUUCUGUCUCUGAUAAGUGAGCAUAGGAGCUACGGAACAUAGUAGAUGGAGUGUACACACACAUGUAGCCCUAGUAGAAUACGGAGUGUUAUUCUUACCAAAAGUAACUAUAUUCUCUGCCAGUGUACUGUUUACAGUGUAAGUUGAUUUUCCUCCAUCAAAAAAAAAAAAAAAAGAAAGAAAUCUGUACACCAUCCUUUUCCUUUUGCCAUUUUUGCGUGUCCAAGAUAGAAUGAUGCUAAAAAUUAGGGAGAAAAGGCAAAGUUUGUGAGUGCAAGAGUAAAGAUAUAAACCAUAAGCAUAGUAUUGAUGGUGUGUGUGAGUGUUUGUGUGUGUGUGUGUGUAUGUGUAUGUUUAUAAGAGAGAAAAAGACACAGAGAAGACAGAGAGAGAGAAAAAUAGAGAGAGAUUUCAACUUGUUUUCUUUUAUCAGAGAAUCCAAGAAGCAGUUUAAUGAACCUGAUGUUCAAGUAUAAUCUAGAAACUGGAUGAUCUCAUAGUGAUUCAAGACACUUAAUGUUUCAUUGAAACUCCACAGUUAAAAUAUCAAAUAGAGAAAGAAGCUAACUUUCCUAAACAUGACAAAGAAACUAACACCUCAUUUAUUUUUAUUUUCCUGUAAAAAUAUAAAUAUCUCAAUUAAAGGACAGGCUCACUUGUAAUUAUGUACUCAUGAUUGUAACAGCAUUGAGAUUCCAUAUCGGCACAUGUACAGCAGCUGUUUGACAGUGAUGGCUCUUCCAUGUAACAUAGCAGUUAUCGUGUAAUUUAGUGCCACUUAUUGCAAAGUGUUACCAAGGGGAACAUUUACAAUGCUUUUACUUUGACUUUAGACAUAAGGAUAAUUUAAUAAGUAACAAAUAUGAAAUGUCACCUUGCAUUUUUUAAUUGUGGAGAAAACAUAAAACCUCCUGUCUUAAUGCAACUUUCCCAUGAUAUUGUGAACUACUUAGAGUCUUCUAAAAAUGCCCAAUAUUAUUUCCCUUUGCAACUGGUAAUCUGUGAUGAAUUUACAAAACCAAAACAAAAAAAUUAACCAGUAAUCACAGCUGAAAUAAAAGAAACACCUAACAAGAAUUAUUGACCAGUAAUGCUUUUGAUUAAGUGGCACAAAGUACACACUAAAAACUAUGCAAAAUAUAGGUAACUACAGUGUAUGUACAUGUAAGUAUCUUGUACUUGCUGUGUAUGGAUGUUGGAAACCCAUGUAAUUAUAAUAUGCAUUUUGAAUAUUGGGAAAGAGGAAAUUUUAGUGUAGAUAAUAGAAUUUGUUUUGAAAUAUACACUGGCAAUAUUGAAAUAUACUCAGUGCAAUAUCUGCAAUUCUAUUGCUGGGCACUUCAGGCAAAGGGAUUUUUAAAGAAUUGUUCAACAAGAUCCAAGAGGUUUCUGAUCUUCAACUCUCAUAAACUAAAGCAUUAAUUAAAAAUAGAACUAACUCUACAAGCUUUUCUUAAACAUUAACAUGACACUAUGAAAUUAUUUGGUUUAGAUAUUGCUCAGAAAAAAAUUAGUUUCAAACUUUGAUUCACAUGUAGUUGAAUUUGAAAUUCUUAAGCUUUCUUUGAAACGCAUGUGUUUUAGUAUACUGAAGUAGUUUUAUUACAAAUACAAAUUUAUUCAAUUGAAGAACGUAAAGUACAUUUGGUAACUAAAGUCACUUAUUGUAAUGGGAAUUUUUCUUUCUUGUUUUUCCAUUUUUUUCUUUUCUAUCACUCCCUUCUGCCCCAAACAUGCCCUUUGUAUUUAUACCCUUCCAAAGGCAAUGGAUUGAACGUAGCAAAAUAAUAGAGUUAAAGGGGACAAUAUAUAAAAUGGGUUCUAAAAUCAUCAGCAUUUUUGUGUACUGAGAUUAUUAAUAUUGAAUGCAAUAGUUUCGGAUAUAGCUGGUAAGUUCUCUGCCAUGCAUACUUAAAAUAAUUCUUCUACCUCUCACUUUUAACAUGGGCUAUGAUACUUCAGUAUAAAUAGAGGAAGUAACUACUUACAUGAUAUCCCAGGAAGCAUUCAUUUGAGACUGUCAUAACAGUGCACUCCCCACCCCCUGGGAAAUCUCAAAAGCCAACUUCUUGUAGUAUAUACUAUGGUGUAUGGAUCUUCAUUUGUUUUCCUUCUCUAUCAUUAAUUUUUCCUAUAGGCAAAAUAUAAUUACCUGAUAAGGAUAAUUCCUUUCAUGCCUCUUUAAUAUUUCACUGUAAUAGAAUUGUGUUUAAAUAAUUUCAAUGGCAACACUUUGCAAUCCAAUCUGACAUUUUUCUUUAUCUUUAAAAUAUACCAAUUUCUUAUAAAUUAAUAACAUUUUAAAUAAAUUCAUAUAUAUGAUUUUAUUUUCCCAAGAAUCAUUAGCUAUAUGUGAAAAAAUAUUAAUAACAAAUAAUCCCUGAAUAAUGCAAAGUAUUGCCACACAUGGCCACUUUAUUUUGCCUGCACAGGCAUAAUAUGAGUAUUUCCAUGAUGUGACUUAAUUAUCUUAAAGGAAAGUAACAUUCUAGGACCGUAUUUUCCCCUAGGGAAAAAAAGGAUACAUGAAUAUUUCAAAUUAUGAUGGUAUAUCUAUAAAAUAUGCUUAAAGUUAAAGUAAAAUGUUUCUAUGUUCUGUAGUUAUGUUCAAAUAAUUGCGAUAAUUGUUACCAUCUUUUUCAUAUAUAUAUGUAUAUAUAUGAAAUGUGUGAUUAUUUUGGAGAGAAUGGGCCCACAUGUGAAAAAAAUGUAAAGAAAAAAAUAACACAUAUUUUCCCCCUCUGAAAUAUACUGUGUAUUUCAAAAGAAGAAAAGUUAAAAGAAAUUUGAAGAUUGCAGGUGCAAAAGGAAAACCUACCAGGGCUCAGCACUUAAGCACUUUUCCCACAUCCAGGGUCAAAGCAACAGUGAUUCCUACACGGACUUUUAAGUGCAGCAUGAAAUGCAACAUUACACUUACACACAGUACUGUCAAACCUCAAAUACUUUCUUUAGAAUCUUUUCCUUGUACAUGAUACUGCUAGACACUUUGUCUUUAUAUUUGCUGGUAGUGAAAGUCAUACGCAAUAAAAUAUGGAUGGUUGAAAGCAGUGAUCACACUAAUUGGUUAAAAAUAUGAAAUGUAAACAGAAUUGUUAUAUCUUUCUCCUCUUUGCUUUUCUCCGUGUUUCUAAUGUAUUGAGUGAAAUCUCAUGAAUAGAAAGGAAAAUAACCUAGACAUUUUUCAAAGCUAGUAAUAUUUCUCCUUAUAAGUGUAUAAAAUUUUAAUCUUUUUACAAAUUCAUUUAACUGUACCUGCUGUACUUAUUGUAGAUUCAAUGAUGCAGUUCGGUGGUAACUCAAGGAUUUAUGAAUUUGGGGUUACCGACCUAUUUCUUCACAUUCUGUUCACAUCAAUAUUUGUGAAUUGGUUGUUUAGUUUUUCAUUCAACCAAAAAAUAUUGCCUCAAGAAAGCUCCAUUUUUAUCAUAAAUAUUUCAACAUAACCAACAUUGGAACAAGUCUGCCAUGUUAAAAAGAAUUUAAAGACUUAUCUCUGUAAAUGUUACCCAGAAAUGCAGGUGUUCCCGAUAAUGUAGCUUCAAAAAUAAAAUGUUCUAUUUCUAUGACAUUAUACUCAAAACUUUUGGAAGGGUAUAUUUAUGACAGCAUAAAAGAAAAAUUCUGUGCUGUAAAGAUCCACCAACAUUAAGCAAAUUGCACAGAAAGAUAAACACAAUUAUUGAAUCUACUCUUGUCAUUAACAUUUUCAAGAAACAAAAUGCAUAUUGUAAUAUUAGGUACAUGACACUUGCAUGUUGAUAUGCCUAUAUACUUACAAAGUAUUCAAUGUGUACUUAGUGGCGCUUAAAAUAUGUCAUGUACAACUCUUAUGAACAUUCUUACAGGGUUCCCAUUUGCACUUCAUUUUUCAGUAAAGUCUUGUCAGAAUAAUUUGUCUGAUAAAUAUGGAAAAAUAAAAUUUGAAUUUUAGUUAUCUGUUGGACAUUACUGAAUUGUCUAUUCAUUUAGUACAUUUCUGUAGGCUUCAAAACAGACAUUGAAAGUUGGAACUUUUUUUUUCCCAGUGACAGAUUAUAAAAGAUGCUACAAAAUAUAUUCCUUUCUUCCAAAUACAUGAUUUUAAACACCUCUUUCCAAAUCCAUACAUUAUCAUUUCAGGUUUCUUCAGUGAUGUCCAUUUUCCUCAUAAACUUUGAAAAGCAAGUUUUUAAAUUUAAGAAGUCAUAGAAUAAGUGUUAUUUUAUCUGUACAACUUUUGAUCAUUUCUUCUUGAAAUACAUGAACCUUGUAAUAUGCUGACUAAGGGUAAAAAAAGGUGUUACUGAUUUACAGAAAUUUGUUUGACAUUGCCAAAAUUUCAAAACGUUGUAAAAGUAACUUUACAUUCACUUAUGUGUUUUUCUUAAUGCUGGCUAGGAACAGAAGCAAAAAUACCAAAAUGUAUUUUUUUUACAAAUUUCGCACUCUAAUCCAUAUUUCAACUACCUAAGAUAAUGAAAGUAAUAACAUAUCCAAUCUAAGCUUAUGCCAGUAAGAAUUUGAGAUAAGCUUUUAAAUUUAUGGAGGAUUUUCUUUGUGUCUCUGAAAGUUCACUUACCAUAAGGUAUUUUAUAGUCUACUUUAAAUAACAGAUUUUGUUAUACAGGGUAAGCCAAAGGCUGUACAAGAAUUAGUGUCAUUGGGUCUGAUAUUUGUGUUAGACCAUGAAAUAUUCCAUUAAAAUUUAUCUGUAAAUACAAGACAA